AGUAGACCGAACUUGGUCUCAACUCUCAACACAGUACUUCGAAAUAUUUGUUGUGAGAUUUCGGAAAAGGAAAUCUCAAUUGGGUCCUCUGCCUCGUACUGCCAAAAACCUUCUGAUGCUUCUGUUUUCUUUCAUAGUAACUCCGUUCCUUUGUUAAGCUUUCCUUAAGAACCCGAAACUUCUUCUUUGAACCCUGUAUCCCUACAGUUCUUCAGUGAUCCACUUGACUCCUUCGAUCACUCUGUUUCAGAGCUAAAAAUUAAGUUCAUUUUCUCAUUCUUUUUCAUCUUCUCUCUGUUUUUGGUAAUGAAAGACUAUCAAAACUGUCUUCACCCAUUUGCAGUUUUUCGUUUUCUUAACCCUUCUGUUCUAAUUUCCACCAUCUCUUGGGAAAAGAAGGACAGCUUUUAGUGGCCUAGUUUACUGCACAUUGAUUUCCUACCGAUUUGUCUGUUCCAAUUUUCACGGAAAACGAACACCGAGAAAAAUUUUCAUCCACUAUGGAUACAAGUCGAGACCACAACCUUCCCCUCGCAUUCACCGACUGUGCCGAUAUCCGAUCAUCGUUAUCUCAACUCAUAUUAACAGGGGGCACCAACACCUUGGAUUCAAUUUUCUCUCGUUGCGAUUCAUCAAACACCAUCACCAGCCCCAUUUUUGAGCCUCUAGGCUCUUCUGUUUACCUCCGCCAAAGAGAUCUUCUCCAGAAGUUCUGCCAAGAAAGCAAAGCAAACGGUGCGUUUACUCGCAGUUCGGCGGCCUACCCAUUACAGAGCUCUGUGUGCUCAAGCGCUUUCAUAAAUCCAUACAAGAAAAAGUUAUACAGAGGAGUGAGGCAGAGGCACUGGGGCAAAUGGGUCGCCGAGAUUAGACUACCCCAGAAUAGAAUGAGAGUCUGGUUGGGAACCUUUGACACUGCUGAAGCCGCUGCUUACGCCUACGACCGUGCAGCUUGUAAGCUUCGUGGCGAAUAUGCGCGCUUGAAUUUCCCAAAUCUUACGGAUCCAAGUGUGUUAGGAUUCGGAGAUUGUACGAGAUUGAAUGCCUUGAAGAGCUCGGUGGAUUCCAAAAUCCAAGCGAUUUGUCAGAAGGUGAAAAGAGAGAGAGCUAAAAAGAAUGUUAAGAAAUGCAGUACAAAGGUUGAUGCCAAUGGUAGCGAGAUUGAGAAGGCAAUGAAGGUUGGGCCGUCGUCGUCCUCGUCUUCUUUAUCGUUACGGGUGAAGCCGUUGGCUCUCCCUGAUAGUUGGGGCAGCGACUUGUUAUCAUCCGAAGUUUCGGAGGACGAGUUUCUGAAGUGCGAGAAGUCACCGUCCUCUGUUUCAACGGAGUGUCCGAUGGCACCGGCAAAGGAACCUGAAACCGAAGGAUGUUCGCUGGAGACGAUGCCGUCUUUCGAUCCCGAAUUGAUCUGGGAAGUUCUUGCUAAUUAGAGGAGAAGUUGUUUCUCAAGCUGAAUAUGUGAAAAAUAUUGCAACUUUUUGAGGAGAAAAUACCAAGUCAAGUGUAAAUGGUAGUGUUGGCGAGAGUUCCGUAGCUAUGCCAGAGGUUCUUAUGGUUAUAUUCUCGCCUUCUGUCUAUUAGUAUGAAGGCAUUAAGAAUAUGUUCUUAGAGGGAUUUCAUAUGUGAAUCCCGUUUACCUUUGCCUUAUAUAUUGCUAUGUUUUGAUUUCUGGAAUAAAGUCUUUACAGUUUCGUUUUUUU